AUUUUACGCGCAUUAUGUAAUAUCGGAGACAUGAUUGUCGCUCUUUUAUAUUUAGUUACUUUCCAGUUUGUUUUAUUAUUGGAUGUCUACGCGCUUUAUAAUAAGGAUGUCGUAUGUACUAUUGACGAGAAUAAUUUUCCAAUAUGCAAGACAUUUAAUGUUCCCAAGCACAGAAGAAAUAUUCAUAGUAACAUUCCAUCGCACGAACCUUAUCUACCGAGCGCAAAAAAUGGUUUAUUCUAUAAUUGUUCCUCGCAAGAAUGCAAAGCUUUAAAAAUAUAUUCUAUAACUCAAUUAGCUUUACCCCAAUUACCAGUAAAGUACUGCUAUCUAGAAAUGCCUGAGAAAUAUAAAUGCGAAAGUUUGAAAUAUAAUUAUUAUAAAAAUAUAGAUAAGUUGUUAUUCCUAUCGAAUAAUAUACCGAAUAAGUUAUUCUAUUUGAUAGAUUGCUUAGCAUACUCAGACGGUGGGCGAGUAUGCCAUAAGAAGGACGAAGUUGAUUCAUACACCAAAUUGGUAGAUAUUGGUAACGUGGCAAGGCCAAACGAAACCAAUGUUUUAUCGCAGGAGGAAUUCAUAUGUGAACAGACUCAAGACAAAAGAGUCACAUGUGUUCUUGAUCGCUACGUGCCUUACGCCGAUGGUCUUAAGGCUAAAGAAAUGAUUAAAAUAGAUAAUAAAAUACUCGUCAAAACGGGAGGCUAUUUAGUUACUUUAAACUAUAUUUGUUUUGAAUCUUGGUGUAGUUAUAGCGGUGAGAUAAAACCCACGCGCAGGGCCGGAAGAUACGAACCGCCUGGGGGCAAAGUAUACAGAUGCUACUAUGGAAACAAACAGCAAAUCUACAAAGAAAUAUCCGGUAGUUCAAGAAACGUUUAUAAUGAGCGUGGUUGGUUAAGUUCAUAAUAAAAAACCACAACAA